UUGGGCAGGGAGGGGCCAGGACAUGGCGGGUGAGGCUACCAGCUUAGGUGGCUUCACAUCCCCUCCAAUAGGCCCACUGGCCUCUAGACAGACCUUUUGGGUGAGAUUCUCAGCUCUGGAGGCCUCCAAUUCACUUCCCCAAACAAGGGGUGGGUCUUAAUGUGGGGGACAUGAUAGACAGGGAAAUACAGUACCUUAUUUUAGGGGUGUAGGAGAUGGGAAAAUACAGUACCUGCAUCUGUUACUUACCCAGGGGGCAGCCAGGGCCAACGACUCUGUCCUCUUCUGGGAUAAAGGACCACACUGUUCCCACCAUGCCCCGUCCUGGAGCCUUCAUCCUCCUCCUCUUCCUUCUUGUCCUGCCCGUGACGGCCCGCUAUUGCCACCAGGCAACGGUGAAGGAGUGCAAGGAGCACACGGCCUUCGUGCCUGGCCACGGCCUGGUGGGGGAAGGCUUUGACAUCACCACUCUGGCCCAGAAGGGUGCCUACGUGGUGGAUGUCGGGCGGUGGGAGAGGCAAAGUGGGACCUGCACCCUGUGCAUCAAUACGCUCCAGAACAGGAGUCUCCAGCGCCUCCCCGUGGCUGUGGAUGAUUGGAAAGUGCAUGGCUCAUGCCAGAAGAGGGUGGCCAGCUACUUGCACUACUCAGCUGUGGAGGUAGUCCAAGAGGCCAGCAAGGCUGUGGAAAAUGACUGGCGGGUGGGGCUCCAGGUGGCCAUCCCUUUACAGGCACGCGCACAGGUGGCACUGGCUGGGUCCUGCUCCAAGACGGCUAUAUUCAGCAUGGACAAGGCCCGGCAGGACAAGUACUCCUUCGCCAGUCAUGAGGUCUCCUGCCAGUACUACUGGUUCCGCAUCACCGACAAUCCCCCGCUCUCCCCUCACUUCACCCGGGCCGUGAGGGACCUCCCCGAGGACUACACCCCAGCCUCGCGCCCCGAAUACCACCAGUUCAUCGCCGCCUAUGGCACCCACUACCUCAACCAGGUCCACCUGGGGGGCCGUGUCCGGGAUGUCACAGCUGUUAAGACCUGUCAGACGGCACUGGAUGGGCUGACAGCUGAUGAGGUCAUGGACUGCUUGAAUGUGGAAGCGGCCAUGAGCAUCGGGAAGGGAAGAGGGAAGCUCAAGCCCACUGCCAAGGUAUGCCAGGAUCAGCGUCAGAAGGAGAACCUCAAGACAAGCUUCCAUGAGGCCUACCAUGAGCGUUACACUGAGGUUGUUGGUGGCCACAAGCACACGGACUUGCUCUUUUCCAACAAGCGGGAUCCCAGUGCUUACACCAGUUGGCUGGAAAGCCUCAAAGUCAACCCUGGCUUGGUCUCCUACUCCCUGGCACCUCUCCACGUCUUGGUUAAGAAGCAGGAUCCAAGGAGAUUGGCUCUCCAGCAAGCAGUGAGUGAGUACAUCCAUGACCGGGCCUUGUGGAGGAACUGCACCCAGCCAUGCCCACCAGGCACCCAUCGUAGCACCAAGGACCCCUGCUCCUGUCUCUGCCCUGGGGAUGCUGUGGCCAACACCAUGUGUUGCUCCCGGAAGCGGGGCCUGGGGAAGCUGGAGGUCACCAUCAAAUGUGGCCAAGGCCUGUGGGGAGAUACCUUCACCCAGACGGAUGCCUACAUCAAGGUCUUCUACCAGGAUAGGUUGAUUCAAACCAGCACUGUGAAAGACAACAACAACCCCGUCUGGAACAUCAGCCUAGAUUUUGGGGCCGUGAAGGUCACUGAGGCCUCCAAGCUGAAGGUACAGGUGUGGGACAAGGACUUUGGGUGGGAUGAUGACCUCCUGGGGACCUGUAAUGAACCUGUAGUGGCUGGCGCCUCCCAGGAAAAGACCUGCUACCUGACCCACGGUAAGCUGGAGUACCAGUAUGAGCUGCAAUGCGGGCCCAGUUUGGGGGGGGAACAGUGUCAGGACUAUGUCCCCCAGCCCCCUGGCAUUGCUGUUAACUGGACCUGGACUGGGCGAGCUGUGGGAGAGAAGAAUGGAGAUGAAUCAAAGAGAGGUGGGGCUGGAAGGGACCUCCGGGGGUCACCUCUAGUCCAACUGCUGGCCAGAGGCAGGAACAACUGAACCCAGCUGUUGACCAACCCCUUGACCCAACCUACCCCAGACCAAUCCAUUAGCCAAUCUCUUGACACCACCCAUCCACUGUUCAACCAGUUAGCUAAACUAGUCAAGCUUAUCACAACCCAUCCCAGACUGAUCCAUUGGCCAACCUCUUGGCCACGCUAGUCAACGAGAAGGCCCCACACCCAAAUUGGGCACCUAUGAAGCCGGAGGAGACCACAGCAGUGGACAUCCCAUAGCUGUAGAUAACGUGUGAUGUAGAGAACCCAAACCCAAUGCAACCCAAAACCCCAACCUACCCAUGAGCCCAGCUCAACCCAACCUCAACCCCAACCUACCAAUAACCUCAAGUCAACUCAACCCAACCUAUGCAAGAUCCCAACUCAAGCCAGUUUCAAACUGCCCAAGAGACCAAUCAACCCAGUCUCAACCUACGCAAGACCUCAACUCAGCUGAACUUCAACCUACCAAUGACCUCAAGUCAGCUCAACCCAAACCUACACAUCAACUGAACUCAACCCAAGACCCCAACUCAACCUACCAAUGCCCUUGGUCAACUCAACCCCAGCCAACCCCAUGACCUUUGCAGGCUUCGCUGGAGCACUGAUCAGUAUAUGCAGCUCCCACAAAGGCUUUGCAAGAGCAUGAGCAUAAGUAGGCCUCACACACAAAGCUGAUGGAUGCACCAGUUCCUCCCAGAAACAAAGCUUGGCUGGCUGCAGGAAGAGAAGAUGGAGAAGGGAGCAGAGUCCAGGCCCAGGACGAGGAAGCUGGAAUGAGAACAGCCAAGGCAGGAGGCGCAACAAGACAGUUUGAGACCUCCAAGGUACAUCCAGGGGGCAACACAUAAUUUGCCCUGAUUGGAGGGUCAGAAAGCUGAGGGACGACGUGGCGGCCCAGGGGAGCUGGCGUGGUUCUUCACUGACAACCUUCUCACAGGUGCGGGCACCUUCACUCCUGGUGUGAUAUACGUAUUGGGGCUGCACUUGUAGGCAAUAAACCUGGCCAAAUCUUUACCCCUGGGCCAAGACUCAUCGACGCCACAGCUCCUGAGACUCCCCCCACCGACAGCACUUCAAUGGCCAACAACAAUGAGACGGACCAGCCCUGACGACGCCCUGGUUGCACGCCAGGAAGAAGCCAGACCCUGCACCUCAAAGCCCCUCUCCCAGUCCACAUCCAUCUAACCAUCGCUCCAUGACCCCCAACAGCACGGCCUGGCUCUUAGUGAAACUAGGGUGUGGAAAAUGGGGGAAGGGGGAGGGGAAAUGAUGGGUCUAUCAUCCCAUGGGACUCUGCAAAUCUUCAGCCAGCUAAUGAGAGGCUAGAAGUGUUGUGAUGCCUCUGGAGGGGGAGGAAUUGUGUUAUCCAGUCUGUGAUGAAUCAAUAAAAGUGAUGGAUGAGGCACUCA